AAUGACUGAAUAAACCGUUUUCACAAACAUUUAUUAACUUUCAUCUGAUAUCCCUGUUUAUUGUCAUUGUCUUCUGCUACAUAGUUUUAAAAAACCUCUCAGAUCACAACUUAUGCCAUAUAAAUUACUAGAAGGAUUGAGAAACUGAGGAUGAGCAUUAAUAUAAUCGUUUUUAUUUGAACAUAAGAAAAUGUGAGUGAGACUAAAAAGAUGAUUCAUCAGCUCUGACAUGGACAAGGAGUUUUAAUGAUCGGCAGGGAAAGUGGAAAAUCCUUCUUUAAACCUCAGAGAGUCUUCUUAUCCACCCUUUUUAGUCUCCUUGUAAAUUAGGGUUUCAGGAAUUGGGGGUAGGUGGGAUGGUUGUUAGGAAUGGUUCACCUAGAAAAUAUCUGGCCUUUGUCUUUCUUUUAGGGUAUACAGAUAUGUUUAUUCUGAACAUUCCAUAAUUUGUGUUUCUCUAUGUUAAUUAGCUUACCAUCAACAUUAAUCUCCAUACUCCAUACUACCCCCAAAAUAGACAUAACAUCUACCUUAUCUCUUAUAAUCUUAUAGCAUUAUUCUUUAACAAACUGAAAAUGGAUGAAAAUAAAGAUACUGAUUCGAAAGACAGUGGAGAAUAUGAAGACGACUUUGAAAAGGACCUGGAGUGGUUAAUUAAUGAAAAAGAAAAAAGUGCCUGCAUAAUAGAGAUGGCUUGUGGGAAUGAAGAGAAUAUUAACCAAGAUUUAAAAGAGAAUGAAACAGAAAUCGAACAGAGCAACCAGCUUUCUGAUCCUGACAAAUCUUUGAAGGAUGAAGUAUCACCAAGAAGAAAUGACUUCAUUUCUGUACCAAGUAUUCAACCUUUGGAUCCCAUAUCAGAUUCAGACAGUGAAAACUCUUUACAGGAAUCCAGACUGGAAAGCCAGCAAGACCUGGAGGAGGAAGAGGAUGAAGAAGUAAGGAGAUAUAUUAUGGAGAAAAUUAUACAAGCCAACAAACUUCUACAAAAUGAAGAACCUGUGAAUAAUAAAAGGGAACGAAAACUCAAGUUCAAGGACAAAUUAGUUGAUUUGGAAGUUCCUCCUCUUGAAGACACUGAUACUUACAAAAAUUAUUUUGAAAAUGAAAGUAAUAUGUCUGGAAAACUGUCACAGUUACGUAUUUCCAAUGAAUUUGGGCAAGAAAAUGUGCUCCUGCCACUCACUGAUGGAAAUGGUGAAGAAAACAAGGAUAGGAAAAUACUAGUAGAGAGAGAUGGAAAGUUUGAACUUCUGAAUUUACAAGACAUUGAGAGUCAGGGAUUUUUGCCCCCUAUUAAUAAUGUUAAUAGUACAGAUAAUGAACCUCAACAGUUGUCACCCAGAUCUUCCAAUUCAUCUGUCAGUGGAGUCAAGAAGGAAGAGCCAAUAGCAAAGAGUCAUGCUAUUUCUCACUCAUCAACAGAAGAGCCUCUGGCUUACAUCCCUCAGCCACCACCCAACCCCAUGACUCAUCCAGACUCUGCUGCCAACUCAGAUAGAAGUAAGGGGAAUGGAAAAUCUAAUCACAGGACACAGUCUGCAAAUAUAUCUCCCGUGACAUCAACAUACUGUCUUUCUCCUCGACAGAAGGAACUGCAAAAACGGUUAGAACAAAAGAGAGAAAAGCUAAAGAGAGAGGAAGAACAAAGGAGAAUAGAAGAAGAGAAAGAAAAGAAAAAAGAGAAUGACAUGGUGUUUAAAGCAUGGUUGCAGAAGAAGAGAGAACAGGUUAUAGAAAUGAGGAGAAUUCAGCGAGCAAAGCAAAUCGAAGACAUGAACAGUAGACAGGAAAACAGAGAUCCACAGCAAGCUUUUCGAUUAUGGCUUAAAAAAAAGCAUGAAGAACAGUUGAAAGAAAGAAAGACAGAAGAACUACGAAAGCAAGAGGAAUGCUUAUUCUUCCUUAAGGGAACAGAAGGCCGUGAGAGGGCCUUUAAGCAAUGGCUAAGAAGGAAACGGAUAGAAAAACUAGUGGAGCAACAAGCUGUCAAAGAAAGAACUAGACAGCUCCGGCUAGAAGCAAAGCGUUCUAAACAGUUACAGCACCAGCUGUAUGAUAUGUCAGAUACCAGAUCUUUUCGUUUUACUGAUCACUACAACUGAAGGUAUCUAUUAAAUACUUCAUUUGGAAGCUGCUAUCCUUAAAAUUUUGGAUAUCAUUUCUUGUAGACUGUGUGCUUUGGUCAUACCCUAAAUUAUGGUAAUGCUAUUUAUCUUUUGGUAAUGUUGAUGGUGAAUUUAUCUAAUUUUUUUAAUACUAGAGGAAAAUAAAUUUCUUCUCUCACAGUGUCGUAAUGUGUUAUACCACUUUUUAUUCUAUGCAAAAAACUGAACAACAAAUGAACUCUACAUUCCUAUACUUAUAAAUUAUUUUAACAUUUCUAGCUGGAAUGAAAAGAAAGGGACAGAUAUCUGUUCUAAGUUCCUAUUAUCAUUUAAAAAAAUACAAUAGAACAUUUCAUAAAGCCGGAGUGAUGACCUCUUAAACAAGCCUGGCUCAAGAUCUUGUACAAAGUCCUAUGUAUGUAACUGUGAAUCUGAGUAGCUGUGGCAAGCUAAGCAGUAGGGUAGGCCUACUUCCACGUGUUCUUUUAAAAAAAGAGAUAGUAACAAUUAUGUAUACUACUUGGGGAAUGUUAAAAAAUUAGCCAGCUCUCACUGAGAGUUUGUAAUGUACCUGGUAUUGUUAUAACUCUUUUACAUAAAUACUUUGAUCCAACCUUAUAACAACCGUAUUAGUCUUGCUUUGCAGAUGAAGAAACUAAAGUAUAGAGGUGAGCAGUUUGCUCACAGACUCUGACCUGUAUAAUUGUAAAGUCCUUUCUCUCAGUUAUAUUAUAAAGCUUACAUACGUUGGUAGACAUUUGUGAAUAUUUAAGACUAUCCAGGACUCUGAUAGGUGGAGGAACAGUAUCGAUACGUGUAAGAGCAUUUAAGGAGUGGAGGACAAAGGCAACCAUAGGAGAGUGGAGAUAGGAGUUCUGUUAAAGCUUCAAAAGAAAAUGUUCAUAUCAUCUGGGUAUUUGUACCUUAAUCACUUGACCCUAAAUUCGAAGACACAGAGAACUAUUCAAACCUGCCUCAGCUUCUUAGAGCACUUUAAGCAUAUACCAGGCAAUUUAAUAUUUCAUUAUAACUAGUCUUGUGUUGCUUAAAGGUUAUCCUUAAUGUAAGAACCAAUUUGAUACUAAAAUAUUACACAGAUUUUUGCCAAAAAAAAAAAAGGCUGUUGGAAUUUUUAUAGGGAUGGCAGUAAAUCUGUAUGUGGAUUGCUUUAGACUGUAUUGCUAUCUUAAUAAUAUUGUCUUCCAAUCCAUAAGCACAGGAUGUCUUUUCAGUGUUUUGUAGUUUUAUGUGUAAGUCUUUCACUUACUUGUUUAAAUUUAUUCAUAGGUAUUUAUUCUUUUGGAUUCUAUUGCAAAUGGAAUUGUUUUUGUAAUUUCUUUUAUGGGUUGUAUACUCAGAACACAUAGAUGAUUUUUGUGCAUUGAUGUUGUACCCUCCAACUUUGCUGAAUUUAUUAGCACUAAAUUUUUUUGGUGCAUUUUCUGGAACUUUCUAUAUAUAGGAUAGUAUCAUCUGUGAAUAGGGAAUAGUUUUACUUCGUCCUUUCCAGGUGGGAUGCAUUUUAUUUAUUUAAUUUUCUUGACUGGUUACUCUGGCUAAAACUUCUAGGAUAAUGUAGAGUGGUAGUGGUGGAAGUGGGCAUCGUUGUCUUGUGCUUGAUCUUAGAGGAAAGCUUUUAGUCUUUGACCGUUGAGUAUGAUAUUAGCUGUGGGUUUUCCAUAAAUGCCCUUGAUGACUUUGAGGAAGUUCUGUUCUUAUUUCUCUAUUCUACUUAUUCCUAUUCUUCUAUUGCUAUUUUUCUGAGUGUUUUUAUCAUGAGAGUUUGUUGGAUUUUUAUCAAAUUCUCUUUCUGCAUCAAAUGAAGUGAUAAUACGGGUUUUCUAUGUUCUGUUAAUGUGAUAUAUUAACAUGAGUUGAUUUUCUUGCAUUCCAGAGACAGACACCACUUGGUGGUACAUAGUCCUUUACUAUGCAGUUGCAUUUGGUUUGCUAGUAUUUUGUGAGGGUUUUUUCAUCUUUAUUCAUGAAGAGAUCUUUUUCUGUAGUAUUCUUUUCUUGUGGUGUCUUUAUCUGGCUUUGGUAUCAGUGUAAUGCUGGCCUGAUAGAGUGAGUUAGGAAGUGUUUCCUGUCCCCUCCUCUUUUAUUUUCUUGAAAUGGAUUGAGGAGGAUUGGUAUUAAUUCUUUAAAUAGUUGGUAGAAUUCACCAGUGAAGCUACCUGGUCCUGGGCUUUUCUUUGUUGGGCGAUUUUUUUGUUUUUUAAUAGACUUUAUUUUUUAGAGCAGUUUUAGGUUCGCAGCAAAAUUGAGCAGAAAGUGCAGAGCGUUCUCGUAUAUUAUUUGCUCCUCCCUCCUUAAAACCUCCCCUAGUAUCAGCAUCCCUCACCAAAACGGAACAUUUGUUGCCAUCAAUGAACCUGCAUUGACACAUCAUUAUCACCCAACAUCCAUAGCUCACAUUAGGGUUCACUCUUGGUGUUGGGAGGUUUUUGAUUACUGAUUUAAUCCCUUCACUUGUUGUAGGCUUGUUCAUAUUUUCUAUUUCUUCUUGAGUCCCCACUCUCAUUUCUGAUUUUAGUUAUUUGCAUUUUCGUUUUUGCUUGGUCAGUCUGGUUACAGGUUUGUCAAUUUUGUGGAUUUUUUCCAAAGAACCAGCUUUUGGUUUCCUCGAUUCUCUUUUGGUUUUCUAAUCUCUACCUUACCAUCACUCUAAUUUCCGUUGUUUUCCUUCUGCUUGCUUUGGGUGUGCUAUUCUUUUUCUAAUUCCUUGAGGGGUGUUGUUUGGUUGUUGAUAUGAAGUCAUUGUCUCUUUCUCUCUCUUUUGUUCAGUUAACUGUUAUCUUUAUUAUUACUAUUGACACUCUCAAAUCAACAGUUGCAGAAGUGUGCCAUUAGUUUGGGUUACGAGAGUGUAGGUAUAACUUCUUGCUUCUGUUUUUAAGUUAGUAAAAUAUAUGUGAGAUUGAUCAUUUUGACUAUUUUUUAAAUGUAGAAUUUAGUGUCUUUAAGUAUAUUUAUAUGUUGUGCAACCAUCACUUAUCCAUUUCCAGAAUUUUUCAGUAUCUCAAACUGAAAUUCUAUCUAAUAAACAAAACCUCUCCAUUCUGCCUUCCUUUAACCCUGCAAAACUACUGUUCUACUUUCUGCCUCUGUGAACUUGAUUAUU